AUGGAUCCACAAUCUGUACCAGCUCAGCUAAAAGACUUGACAUUAGUUGAACAGCAAUUAAUUAGUAGGAUAUCACCUGCUAUCAAUAUACACAUGCUAAAACAUGGCGGGAUUGCAGCCAAUGGUCACUGUGUAGCAUUUCCACAACAAAUUAAUGAACCUGCCCGAAUCUUACCAAAACUUCCCUCUGAAAUAAAUAUGCUGAAAGUAAAAAGAAAGGGAAAAAAUGAAAGUUAUAAGGAACAUCGUGUCAGGAGGUUUACUGUGCAAAACGCUCUGAUCUGGCUCAAAAACAAUAAUCUGGCAUAUUCCGAUAUCACAAUAAGCCAAGAUAGACUCAGUCAGCUCCCUCUUGACAGCACCUUAGAGCUUCAAAGUCUAGAAAUUGAUUCUAUAGAAACUAGGGUAGAUGACCAAGGUCCAGCUCCCCAGCAAGUAGAUCCCGGGACAACAGAUGGUCUAUCUGAAUCAGGCGUUCUAAUUCCUGAGCCAAAUCUUGACAUCAAUAAAGAAUUACAAACUGUGGUGGAAGACAUUAUUAAACAAAAUGAGAAAUCAAGUUCUAAAACAUCAGUCAUAAAAAUACCAUGGCCAACGAGGGAUAACAUUCCAAUCUCUGAAUUUACAACUAAGUACUUCUUUACUCUUGCCUUUCCAUGUUUGUUUCCCUAUGGCACUGGAGAUUUCCAUGUAAAUAGACCACAUACCUUCAAUUCUAUGGCAGACUGGGCUGAUCACCUGCUUUGGUACAGGGAUGGACGGUUUGCAAGACAUUCCUACUUCAAGUUCAUUGUACACAACAUUAUAAUAAGAAAGAGAACACUUGAGCAAAGUACAUACAUUGUUAAGCAACAAAUUGGCGAUGAACACAUGACAAUAUCUGAUUUAAAAGAGCAACUACAAAAUGGCAACAUCAACAUUCCAGAAAAAAUUCUGUAUUUUGGGGCAAAUUUGCGAGGUACAUCACAGUAUUGGGCACAACGGGCCAAAGAACUGAGGGCUCUCAUUCAGUAUCAAAUAAAUGAGGGAAAUGGAUUGCCAGCUUUCUUCACCACAGGAAGUUGCGCUGAAUUCUACUUUAAGACUUUACACAGGCUUCUACAGAUUUAUACAUUUGAAACUACCAAAGAAAAAGUUGACCUUUCAAACCGUAGCACACUUUUUUCUGUUUUGCAAGCCAAUGCCCAUGUUGUUGCUCACUAUUUUGAACUCAGAACUCAAAAUUACUUUAAAGAAGUCAUGGGCCCUGUCUUUAAAGUAAACACAUACUGGUACAGGCAGGAAUUUGCAAAGUCCCGUGGAAUGGUUCACUGGCAUGGCUUGUGUUGGCGUUCUGACCGUGAACCACACAAUUUAAUGUCCUCACUCAUUGAAAAAGGACUUUCUGAUGAUGACUGUGCUGAACAUCUGUCACAAUGGGCCAAAUCCAACUUUGGAAUGACAGCUUGCCAUCCUGCAGGCAAAGAUGAAACAGGAAACUCAAAGAAAGACCUAUGGCCCCCGCCUGAGGGAACAGGACCUCCUCCACCUGAGGAAAAAAAUCCUCUUUUAAAGUUACUUAUGGAUGUUAGUGAAUCACAGGAAUCUCUGCUUGAGGACCAUCUCCUUCUCACCAACAGGGUUAAUAUUCACAGAUGUUCUGAUUACUGCCUGAGAUUACCAAAAAUAGCAGAUCAUCAAAAAGAGUUUGUCGUAUGGAAUUUGGCACAGAAGAUAAACCAGGGAAAGCACUGCGUGCCACACCAGCAGUAG